CGGCCCCCCGACCCGGCCUCCGCAGCCGUCGGGUGGAUGCGGGGCGGGUGCUCCGUCCGCAGUCAAGCGGGUGCAGCGGCUGAGGCGGGACGGGCGCCGCCCUCACAGCGGCGGGGACUCGGCUGAGGACUGCGGGGGCGCACGCUCACGGCCUCCGGGUCUCGUUCAGGCUCAGGACCGGGGCCGGCAGACGCCUCAGAGCUCGAGCUCGCCGCCGAGCGUGCAACCGAAAGUGACGGAGGACGGCCUCGGGUGUGCGCCCGACCGUCAGAAAGGCCCGCAGGGGCGGCAGGAGUCGGGGCGAGGGCCCGGCGUGUGGGCAGCGGCCGACCCGCGGGGCCGAGCGUCGCCCGGGCGGUGGCCGAGGCGUUCGUCGUGCGGCGUUACUCGGUAAAUUUUGGGGAACACAAAAACUUCAUUGAAGAACUUUGUACAGAAUUGAAGGAUGGCAGAAGCAGUGUUGAUUGAUCUCUUUGGUUUGAAACUGAACUCUCAGAAAAACUGUCAUCAGACAUUAUUAAAGACAUUGAAUGCGGUCAGAUACCACCAUGGUGCUAAGGCCAAGUUUUUUUGCAUAAUGUGUUGUAGUAACAUCAGCUGUGACCAUGAUAAUUGUGAAUUAGAAACAGGCAAUGGAUUAUCAGCUCUCUUGAGAGAAUUUGAGACUGUUAGCAAUCCCAGCAUGGCUGCCUCUUUGUAUAUAAUUAAACAAAAAGUUGAUGAAAAAAAUUUGAGUAGCAUUAAGGUAAUUGUGCCUGUGCACCGGAAGACAUUAAUGAAGGCUUUCAUUGACCAACUCUUUACUGAUGUUUACAAUUUUGAGUUUGAAGAUUUACAGAUGACUUUGAAGGGAGGUCUUUUGAAACAGUCUACUGAAGUAAACAUAAUCACAGCUCAAGAACUAGAAGCAAUCCAGAAUGAAAUAGAAACAUAUUUGAGAAGUUUGCCAGCACUGAAGGGAGAAUUAACCAUUAUCACAUCUCCUUUGAUCCCAGAUACUUUCAUACAUGGAUUUACUACAAGAACAGGUGGGAUAUCUUACAUACCAACUCUUAGUUCAUUCAAUCUCUUCAGUAGUUCCAAACGGAGAGAUCCCAAGGCUGUUGUUCAAGAAAAUCUGCGUAGGUUGGGGAAGGCUGCAGGAUUUAAUGCGAAUAAAUUUUACCAAAUAAAGACUGAUCAUGCCAAUGAUGUCUGGAUUAUGGGAAGGAAGGAGCCUGAAUCUUACGAUGGAAUCACCACAAAUCAAAGAGGAGUCACGAUAGCAGCUCUUGGUGCUGACUGUAUUCCCAUAGUUUUUGCAGAUCCUGUCAAAAAAGCAUGUGGGGUUGCUCACUCUGGUUGGAAAGGUACCUUGUUAGGUGUUGCUAUGGCUACAGUGAACGCUAUGAGAGAAGAAUAUGGCUGCAGUUUGGAAGACAUUAUUGUUGUACUGGGGCCUUCAGUUGGACCGUGCUGUUUUACUCUUCCAAGGGAAUCAGCAAAGGCAUUUCAUAAUCUUGAUCCCGGAUGUGUACGGCUGUUUGACUCACCAAAUCCCUGUGUUGACAUCCGUAAAGCCACUAGGAUUCUUCUUGAACGGGGAGGAAUUCUGCCACAGAAUAUUCAGGACCAGAACCAGGAUCUCAACCUCUGUACGUCUUGUCAUCCUGACAAGUUUUUUUCCCAUGUCCGAGAUGGCCCUAACUUUGGUACACAGAUUGGCUUCAUCUCAGUUAGAGAAUGAGAUACUUGACUGGAUUUUUGCAUAACUAUUUCCUGCUAUCUUCCAAACCAACAGUGAAAGAGAAAUGUAGUUGUUGAUAUACUUAAAAUCAAAAGGAUUACAAUGAAUAAUUCAUCUUUCAGAUAUACUUUCAUUAUUAUCCAAAGCCAAAUGAUUUACUGAUUUUAACAAUAACUGACAAAAUCAAUAUGAUAUAGUUUGUAUGUUAUACAGAUAAGAAUUAUUCUUAAAGUUUGUCCUCUGUAUUUGUUACAUACAUCAGGAAUAAGUAUUCAGUUUAGUAUUUAUUGGGUAGCCUCUAUUUGUCAAGCAUUCUGUGAAUCAUAGAUGAAAUCAAGAUGAGUAAUACUUUUUCCCUUUGAGUCUAAUGCAGUGGAAGAGAUAAACAUUUCUUACACUUAAGUUUAAUUUUAAUAGCAGAAGAGUACAGGAGAAGAAGGAUUAAUUCUAUCUGGAACACAGACUGGAGAAGGUAUUGCAGAGAAAAUGACUUGUCACAUGGAUCUGAAAGACGUAUAGACUUUUGACAAAUAAAGAACAACCGUAACAGGUUAAGGGAAUACCAUAAACUAGGGCGUGAAACUGAAAGUGUUCUAGAAAGAAGAGGGUGUGGGUAGGAGUUACUGGGAAAACAGGUUAGAAACAAAUUAGGGUCUUGAAUGCUAUGUCAAAGAGUUUGGAGUUUAUUUUCCAGGCAAAGAGUAAGCAUAGAAAGUAGGGGAGUAUUUUUAUGUCCUUGGCAUUAUAUUUAACAGGAUGGAUUUGUGAGAGACUAAAGCAGAGAGAUUAGUUGAAAGGCAAUCAGAAUACUUUAAAAAAGAAAUAAUGAAGCCCAAAUACAGUGGGAAUUUAAAUUGAGAUAAAAGUAAGUGAAAUAGUAUGACAUUUCAGAGACGGAAUCUGCAGAUCCUGUUCUUAGAGUGUGGAGGUGAAAGGUGAGGACCAGUGGAGAAAAUCCCUGUUUACUCCACAGUCUCUGCUUGAUGACUAUCUGGAGUGGCAGCAGAGGUGGGGAGGAGGUUUGGGACACGGGAAGAAUAAUGAAUUAGACACAUAGACCGAAGUGCUUCCAGAUGGAAAUAUGUGGUCAAUAAUUAGAUAUAGAGACCUGGAACCUGGGAAGGAGCCAUGAAGAAACAGAGAUUUGGAAGUUGGCUGCACAGAGAUAGUGCCUGGGUCUACUGGAAUAGGCUGGGUCAUCUUCACAGAAACAGAGUGAGAAAAAAUGAGGUCCAAGGAUGAAACCCACUCCUGCAUUUGAAGAGCCAGAAACUGAACCAGUAGAAAAGAUUAAUCUAGAAAAAAAAAAUACACAGUCAUUUUGCGACCCCAUGGACUGUAGCCCACCAGGCUCCUCUGUCCAUGGGAUUCUCCAGGCAAGAAUACUGGAGUGGGUUGCCGUUUCCUUCUCCAGGGGAUCUUCCCGACCCAGGGAUCAAACCCAGGUCUCCUGCAUUGCAGGCACACGCUUUAACCUCUGAGCCACCAGGGAAGCCAUAAAUAUGAGAGGUACUCAAAGAGAAAUCUACAGGGAGUUCCCUGGUGGCGUACUGGUUAGGAUUUGGUGUUUCCAUUGUGGAGGCCUGGAUUUGAUCCCUGGCCAGGGGUGGGAGGGAUCAUCCUGCAUGCCACUGGUUGCUGCCAAAACACAAAUGAGAAGAAACCAGUAGAUUAAUAACUGUGUUGAGGCUGUUCUGUGGGUCAUUAUGGUGAUGGAUUUCAGUGCUUUGAGGAAGAGGAUGCACCAGUGUCAACUCUACUUUGCUAGUAUUUAUUGAAGUAAGUGAAGUCGCUCAGUUGUGUCCAAUUCUUUGUGACCCCAUGGACUGUAGCCCACCAGGCUCCUCAUGAGAUUUUCUGGGUAAGAAUAUUGGAGUGACUUGCCAUUUCCUUCUCCAGAAGAUUUUCCCGACCCAGGGAUUGAACCUGGGUCUCCCGCAUUGUAGGCAGACGCUUUACUGUCUGAGCCACCAGAGAAGUCCAGAGAACAUAAAACACCAGGGGCUGUAUUUUGAUACAAGGGGUGUGUGUGUGUAUGUAUAUAUAUAUAUAUAUAUUGUGUGUGGGGGGGUAAUGAGUAGUUUUAAGUGUAUGUGUAGGCUGAAGAGAAAAGUUAAGGUGUUUUUACUUGGGAAAAAUGGUAUGGUACCUGUUUUUAACAUGAAUUUUGUCACAAUGAACCUUAAAAGGAUUUCUUAUUUCAUAUAUUUCUUAGCUGAAUAUGCAGAAAAUUACAUUUGUUUGGUACUUCCCACCCAUUACCUCAUUUUACCUUUACAGGUACUCUGAAGUACAUAGGUCAGGUGCUAUUCCUUUUAUUCAGAUGACCCUCGAUGAGUUAGAGACUGAAAUCACAUAAAUUGUGAUAAAGUAAGAUUUGAACCUAUGUCUUAUGACCCCAAAUCUCAUUUCAGAUUUUACAGUUAAUUAAAGCUAUCUAAAAUAAAAUUUUAUUUUGUUAAUAUCAGUAUUCUUAUAGACAGUCAAAAUUUUGUUGAAGUGCUCAGGUAGAUUAAAAAAUACAUUUGUAGCCCAUGUUUUUUUAAUAUCCAGUGAAAGGUGACAAUCAAUACAACAACAAUUUCAAUACUGUGAUAUGUGUUGUUUGGUUGUGACCACCUGAUACUUUAAUUCUUUUAUGAAACUCAUGAGAAAUUUAUAUAAAAUACCUCAUUUCAAAGUAAGAAAGACAAGAUAAAUAUCAGGUACUAACGCAUAUAUAUGGAAUCUAGAGAGAUGGUACUGAUGAAUUUAUUUGCAGGGCAAUAGUGGAGAAACAGACAUAGAGAACAGACUUAAUAGACACAGGUAGGGGGAGGAGAGGGUGAGAUGUGUGGAGAGAGUAACAUUGAAACUUACAUUACCAUAUGUAAAAUAGCCAAUGGGAAUUUUCUGUGUGUCUCAGGAAACUCAAACAGGGGCUCUGUAACAACCUAGAGGGGUGGGAUAGGGAGGGAGAUGGGAAGAAGGUUCAAGAGGGAGGGGACAUAUGUAUACCUAUGGUUAAUUCAUGAUGAUACUUGGCAGAAAACAUUUUGUAAAGCAAUUAUACUUCAAUUAAAAAAUAAAUACAUUUAAAAAAAUACCUCAUGUCUUCCAAUUCAGGGAAGGCAUUAAAUACAAAUUAUAAGACAGCAAUUUCAAACUCAUGCAAAAUACUCUUUUGUUUCAUGAUAAUAAUAAGAUUAAAGAAUAAUUCCACUGAGAAAGAUGAAUAAUUUUCCAAUUUUUGUCACUCUAUAUUAAUCUGUUGAAUGCAGAGUAUUAGGCAAUCAUGUUUUACUUUAUGUACCAAAAUAUUAUACUCCAAAGCCAAAUAAAAAAUUAUUUUUGAAAAAAAA